AUGUUGUCAAGAACAAACAGAUCUUACUUUUCCGCUGACGAACUUCAAAACAAAAUUAACCAUCUCCGUGAAUUGUACAAGCCAGUUAACUUGAAUGAAGUAUUUUACAAUAGCAAAGUUAAUGCCAUCAAUAGAUUGAACUUUAUAUUGAGACAUACGACUAGGAAGAAUUUACAGGAGUCGGAAUUCGAGAACUUACUUCUGUGUGCUCUUACGGCCGUAUAUUUCUUCGGUAUGCGCCUGAGGAUUAAAAGGCUAACCAGCAAGAUCGGUCUUCACUGGUUCUCCAAUAGAGACUUUCGUAAGGCAGAAGCUGCCUUCCAAAAAACUAUGGACAUGCUUCUACCGGAACGAAGCGAGAGCACAAUACGGAUCACUCUCAGAUUUUUUAGUGACACCUCAUUAUGGCCAUAUGAGAGUUUCGUUACCCAAAUACUGGACCUCGUACUGUAUUUCGAUAAAGCGAAUAUGAGAUUAUUCAAUUUAUUGUUAAGCGAUAUACAUUACGUCCUUUUUUCGGAUAUCAAGUGUUCGCGGCACCGAAUGAGGGUUUUGUAUGAAUUGCUCAACAGUAAUAAUUGGGUGAUAGACAAAAGCAAGCUCCUGCCCUUCGUGACGCGGCUUCUAGAUUUCUUUGCCCACAGUUCAGGCAAAAUCGAGAGCAGGCUGACUGUUUAUAAGUAUUUACAUAGGGGAUUUGAGGUCUGUCUGCUGCGGAUUUUUGAGAGAGCACAGAACAGUCACCGAAUGAUUAUUAUCACCACGAUGCUCAACUGGUUCACUAUGGUGCGUGUAAAUGAAGACGACGUUCUCAUGUUCUCUAGCCUGCUAGACCGAGCUGCGCAACUCUACAAAGUGGUUUCCUUCUCUGACAGCCUAUCGGAGAGUCUCAUUAAUCACAUUUUAAUACAUCUCGUCAGUUCCGAUAAUUCUUUCUAUAGCCUCACAGGAUUUCGUCUUUUGCAAAGACUUUUUGAUCGACAUUCCAAUACAGAUUACUUGGUAAAUCCAAUGAUAUAUUACGAAUUUUUGCGGGGAAGCUUGAUCGUAGGCAAAUAUGAAAACGGAGAUAAAUCGUUUUUACGACUUCACAGAGAACGGAUACAAGUCCACUUUAUGCGGGCAUGUAAGAAGCAUUGCCAGAACAUAGUAGUUUUGAAGGCUUUGUACUGCGUAACUUGUAUCCUUAUAUUGGAGGUGCCGUGUGGCUUGUCAGCGGCCAUGGCGACUUAUGUUGCCAUGACGAUACAGGCCUAUGCCCUCAGUAGUCACGGUAUGCCUGCAACAAGUCGCUAUUGGAUGCACUGUCUUGUCAUAUGCAUUAUGUCUUUGAUAUGCUGGGUUCACAAAGCACCUGUCUUGUACAAUUACGUGAACCAAAUAAUUUUUCGACGAGCGAGAGACGCGCCGCAUUUAAAUCCACCGUUGAUGCCUAUUUACCACAUUAUAACUCACACUCCCACGUGGAAUAAGCCGUGUCUAUUUUUUGAGGACUGGGAGCUAAGAUAUGCGCUUUGGAAACAUUUUCACGUUCGCACUGAGGACGUCUGA